AAAAAUUCAAUGAACUCUUCUCUCUUUCUCUCUCUUUUCCCUUAAGAUGGCCACCUCAGUUUGCUCAUAUAAUCUCUCUAAAAUUGUUAUGAAACAUGGAAAAUGAAGGAGACCAUGUUUUGAAGAAUGGUGAAGGAACAAGCAGCUGCAAUAGCAACAACACUCUUAAUCCUCCACUUCAAAGGUUUGCAGAUUCAACCGAGAUAAUCGAAGAGACGCCACACGAUCAGCACCGAAGACAAGAUGAUCUCGUCUUAGAGAUACCAAAUCGAAGUGUUGAGGAUGUGAGGGAGGAGUUUGUAAGAAUAGACAUGACCUUGACACCAACAGCUACUCCUAGAAGAGUCAAUUUUUCACCUAUGCCUAGUCCUAUUUUUAACAGAUUCGACGAGUCCCCUAUCUAUUCAUCGCCGAAGAGUAAACCGUCCUUAAAAGGCCUCCUUCCGAAGUUGAGUUUCAAAUAUCGAAACACUAAUUUGGAGAUCGAGAAGGCUGCUAUCUUAGCACUAGGAGGUUCAUCAGCAGAUAUACAAGGAAAGCCUCGUAUCCCGAGAACGUUUUCUCUCUCGAAGAUUUUCACACCGAGAGCUAAAAAUACUUCAUCAUUACCUGGUACACCGAUUGCACAUUCAAACCCCGAGUCCACGCACGGGGGGCAGAAAGGAGGGAUCACCGGACCACCCAUUCAUCGUUCCCAUUCAGUGCCUACACUUAACAAAGAUGGAAGCAUAACGCAAUUGGAUUCUUUUGGCGGUGUAUUUCGUGUAAUUCCUACAACUCCACGAGUAGUCAAAGGAACAGUUGUAACAACAUCAAACAUAGUUAUCAAAAGUGAUAUGGAUGGAAACGAUGAUGAUGGUGAAGAUAUUCCCGAAGAAGAAGCUGUUUGUCGAAUUUGCUUGAUCGAACUCGGAGAAGGAGCCGAGACCCUUAAGAUGGAAUGUAGCUGCAAAGGUGAACUUGCCCUUGCGCACCAAGAAUGUGCCAUAAAAUGGUUUAGCAUCAAAGGUAACAAAAUGUGUGACGUGUGCAAGCAAGAAGUUCAAAACUUACCCGUCACUCUUUUACGGAUUCAAAACGCUCAAGCUCAUAACAUGAGAGGACCUGGGGUACGAAUUGAGUCUGCUAGAUACAGGGUUUGGCAGGAUGUCCCGAUUCUCGUCAUUGUUAGCAUGCUUGCUUACUUUUGUUUUCUCGAGCAGCUGUUGGUUUCGAAAAUGAAGUCCGGUGCUAUCGCUAUCUCUCUUCCGUUUUCAUGUAUAUUGGGCCUCCUUGCAUCCAUGACGUCAACAACAAUGGUAAGGAGAAAAUAUGUCUGGCUUUACGCUACGAUUCAGUUCGCGCUGGUGGUUCUUUCCGCUCAUCUUUUCUACUCAUUGCUCCAUGUACAGGCUGUUCUUUCGGUUCUUCUCUCGGCAUUUGUUGGGUUUGGGUCCACAAUGUGCGGAACCUCUAUUAUUUACGAGGUUUCGGGAGCGUGGGAAAGGCGGCACAUAGAGUCAAACCAACCGCUUAGUUCUCAAGAGGUACCACGGCCCAAUCAAGCACCGGUAAUGGCACCGUUACAAACACAAACGGAUACAAACGCCCAUGGUAAUGAACCUGAAAGGAGAGCUUUAGAAAGUGGGAAUGCCAAUUAAGUUUAUAACAUCUAUAAGGUGUAAAAAAUGGUGUUCAAUGAAAGUUUUCUGUUGUACAUAUACCAUCUCAUUUUGUAGAGAUGCUUUACAUGCUUGUCUAUUGUUGAUUUUAUAAAACGUUACUUGGGGAAAAA